CUGCACAUAGACAAUCUGUCUACUGAACUUGCCUUCUCAAUGUUUCUUGCCCUCAAACAUUCAUCAGAAAAUGCAUAUACAAAGAUUCAGAGAGCUGCUCAGAAGACUUUCCCCAAUUGUGAACUCCCUACAUUUCAGCAAACAAAACACCUACUCACCAAUCUCAGUGGAGUCACAUCUGUAGUCAAAGAUAUGUGUAUUAACUCCUGUGCUGCCUUUGUAGGUCCACUCUCUGCUCUUGACACCUGUCCAGAGUGCUCCAAGCCAUGA